AGGAGACCUGCUGCUCUCCCGUCCUGCCCGGGCGAGGCGGGGAUGCUGGAAGCAGGGGCCGUCCCGUGCUUUUCCGCGCCCCCCGGGCGGCCCUGCAGACCUCGCGGGAGAAGGACCCUGCGCCUGAUCCGCUCCCUGCUCUCUCCUCCUCGCCGUCCGACCGGUCUCUCUGCCCCGGGAUGCCUCCCAACCUCACCGGCUAUUACCGCUUCGUCUCCCAGGAGAACAUGGACAACUAUCUACGAGCUCUAGAUAUCAAUGUGGUUCUGCGAAAACUGGUUUGCCUCCUGAAGCCUGAUAAAGAGAUCCUCCAUACGGGAGAUCACAUGGUCAUCCGCACGAUCACCUCUCUGCGGGACUAUGUUAUGGAUUUUGACCUGGGAGUCCAGUUUGAGGAAGAUCUGGGACCCGUGGAUGGACGGAAGUGCCAGACAACUGUGUUCUGGGAGGGGGAUCAGCUGGUGUGUGAGCAGCUAGGAGAGAAGAGGAACCGAGGCUGGAGGCACUGGAUGGAGGGGGACCAGCUGCAUCUGCGCAUGACGGCUGAGGACGAGGUCUGCGUCCAGGUCUUCCAGAAAGUGAAGUGAUACUGGGGUGCAAUGAGUGCAAACCGCCUGGGAUUGUAAAAGAAACACGACCCGAGUGAUCUGAG